UCACACACCGCCCCCCCCCCCCGAAAAUGGCCCUGCAGAGUCUUGUCAGGCUGUCGCUGGAUGGACCAACCAAUGCUGUGUGCGUGCUGGGCACCGAGACUGUGGUGGAUCUGCAAGGAUGUGCCCCAGCUGGGUGCAAGUUCUUCGAAAUCUAUGCAACACCGGGAGUGGUUUUUGAUAUCAAUUGCCGUCCUACCAAGAAGUCACCUUCAGGCACAUACAAAUGGCCCCUGGAGUCUGAGGUAGAGAUGACAGUGAGAAUGAAAGCCCCGAGUUCCCAUUUUAAUGAUCAAAAGAUCAGGAUUUCCUAUAUUGGACCCAAAUCAAGCCCUGUCCAGGCCUUGCUCUAUCUCACUGGUGUCAAAAUCUCCCUAGAUGUUGACACUGGUCGAAAAGGCAAAGUAAAACCUACCAAUGGCAAGAUUGACAAGAGAAAUUGGACAUGGGGCCCCUAUGGACAAGGUGCCAUCCUGCUUGUGAACUGUGACAAGGAUAACCCCGAAUCUUCCACAGUGGAUGCUGAGCAGGAGAAUGUGACUAACUCCAAAGACCUGAAUGACAUGUCCCUCAUGAUUCUGAGUACACAAGCCCCAAAGAAUUUCUUUAACCAACAUAAGCUGAUUCUACAUGUUUCCAAAUUUGAGAUGGAUAAAGUGAGAGUCUUUCAAGCUGAACGGAAGAAAAUGCCAUCCAAAUACAAGAUGAUACUGGGGCCAAAGAAGCCAUCUCACACCCUAACAGUGCUCGAUAGCCACCAAGAGAGCAUCUUUUAUGUGGAAGGACUUGCCUUCCCUGAUGCGGACUUCUCGGGGCUCAUUUCCUUCACCAUCUCUUUGAUGGACAUUUCUAAUCUGCCUGUCCCUGAGGUUCCGCUUUUCGAGGACACCGUGGUGUUCCGUGUGGCCCCCUGGAUCAUGACACCAAACACUCAGGCCCCCCAGGAGGUCUAUGUCAGCAGGAUUUCUAAUAACAAGAACUUUGUGGAAUCUGUGACGGCUCUGGCCAAGAAGGCCAAAUGCAAGCUGACCAUCUGUCCUGAAGAAGAAAAUGAUGGUGACAGAUGGAUGCAGGAUGAAAUGGAGAUUGGUUACACCCAGGCUCCUCACAAAUUAUUUCCUGUGGUCUUUGACUCACCCCGUAACAGAGGACUGAAAAAUUUUCCUAUCAAAAGCGUUCUGGGUCCAGAUUUUGGUUAUGUGACGAAAAUAGCAGAUAAAAAUCUGGUCAGUAGCCUGGACUCCUUUGGGAACUUGGAGGUCAGCCCACCUGUGACAGUUGGAGGAAAAGAGUACCCUCUGGGCAGGAUCCUCAUUGGCAACAGCAGCUACCCCAGCGACCAAAGCCACGAGAUGCUGAAGGUGCUCCAGGACUUCCUGUUUGCCCAGAAGGUCCAGGCACCUGUCAGACUUUUCUCUGAUUGGUUGCGUGUUGGGCACGUGGAUGAGUUCCUCAGCUUUGUUCCAGCCCAAGAUGGGAAGGGAUUCCGGCUUCUCCUGGCCAGCCCCAGUGUCUGCUACAAGCUAUUUGAAGAGAAACAGAAGGAAGGACAUGGAGAUGUUAAGAUGUUUGAUGGGCUUUGGUUCCCAGGAAUAGAAAAUAAGACCAUAAAAGAGAUUCUGUCGGACAAAACCUUACAAGAGCACAAUCAAUACGCCAAGAGCUGCAUUGACUGGAACCGGGAGGUCCUGAAGCGGGAGCUGGGGCUGACCGAGCAGGACAUCAUCGAUAUUCCCCAGCUCUUCCAUCUCGAGAGGAGGUUUAAUGAUGAACUGAAAGCUAAGGCUUUGUUCCCAGACAUGGUGAACAUGCUUGUGCUGGGGAAGCACCUUGGGAUCCCCAAGCCCUUUGGACCCGUCAUCAAUGGACAAUGCUGCCUGGAGGAGAAGAUCCGAGCCCUGCUGGAGCCUCUGGGCCUGGAGUGCACUUUCAUUGAUGACUUUUUCCAGUAUCAUCUCAAUUCAGGAGACGUGCACUGUGGGACCAAUGUCCGCAGGAAGCCCUUCUCCUCUAAGUGGUGGAACAUGAUGCCUUGAGCAGGCGCCCCCUCCCAUCACCCCCCCCCUUUCUUGUCCAGACUUUGUGAGCCAGCUCCACCUCGGCUCCUGCUUCCCACAGCCCUGCUUGUCUGUCCAGCCCCACACCCCCUGGGCCAGGCUGGUUCUGGCCACCCUGCAACAGGCUGUCCUCCUGAAGAGAUGGAGACUCACCCAGCAAGCGACCCAAAGUUAAAAAGGAUUAGGUCUAAAACCCCACGGACAAGGGAACACGAGCUAGGAAACUAUAAUAAAGUGAAGACUUUCUGGA